AAGUAAAAGAUGAGGUAAUCUGUCGAAACGAAACCGCUCUCUCUCUCUCCGUUGUUGUUAUACGAUCACAGCUUCCGCUGCAUGAGGAUUACGCCAAAAGAGCAACUGCAGCUGGGCCAAAAUGCGUCUGUCACCUCAACGUCUUUUCUUCCCUUUGUUGGUGAGCUUCUCGUUGUCAGGAGCCGGGGUUAUUUUGAUUUACUUACUCAACAAAAAGAAAAAUGCCGGCAAGAAAGAAGAAAAAAAAGGCCUGAAGGAUAAAAAGUUUGAAGCCUACAAGGAAGAAAUCACGCUCAGUAAUCAAGUGAUACCACUCAUCAUAGGACGUGGUGGCAGAGAGCUUGAGAGAAUCGAGCAUGCCACCAGUGCAAAACUUAUUUUUGGAGAAGAGAUAGAUGUUAUUAGUGGUGAUCGCAAAUGUUUCUUAGCUGGUCCUACUGUCGAGAGCAUCAGGCUGAUAAGAGAGGAGAUUGGAAAAAUUGUGAACAAAGAGGAGGUUAUUGAAACAUAUGAAAUUUGGGCUCCGGUAAGAACUAUAAAUAGACUCGACCAGAAUAAUGGAUACUUGUUGAAAGAAUUACAAAAUGCGUCAUUGGUUAAGAUCAUUUUUGACAAGUCUACCAUUUCAACCACCACUGAUUUGGAUGCACUGAGAAAAGUGACAAUAAAAGGUAAAUCAGAAAACAUAGCUGAAGCUCUACAAGCUAUUGAAGCACAAAUUCGUGAAGAUAAGAGAGAAGCCCAGGAGAAUUUACAAAACGCACACACCAGAACACCCAGAAUAAAGCCUUCCUAUUGCUCAUUGUCAGAUAAUGGUGCUCCUACUGAACUAGAAAACGACUCUCUUGAUUUUCAUAGCAUAGAUGAUUCGUUGUGUGAGUCAGCACUUGGAAAGCCAUACGAGGUUUUUGUUUGUUCUGUAGAGAACCCUAGUCGAUUUUAUAUUCAAAUUAUUGGUUCAACUAAUAAAAAAUUGGAUGACUUGAUACAAGAAAUGACAAAUUAUUACCAGGAUGAAGAAACGAGACUGAAUCAUGUUUUGGAAGAACAGAUAAGACCAGAUCAAGUGGUGGCUACUCAAUUUAGUGAUGAAAAGUGGUACCGUGGACAAGUUAUUGAAAAGCUUGAUGAUCACUUUUACAGAAUAUUCUUCAGUGAUUUUGGUGAUAGCGCUGAAAUAGCUGCCAAGGAUCUCUACGAAUUGAGCACAGAGUUCUUGAGUCUAAGAUUUCAAGCCCAGGAGACUUCGCUGUAUGGAAUUAAGCCAAAGGACGGCGAGUGGAGCAAGCAGGCGAUCGAGGUGUUUUCGAAGCUGAGCGCCGACGGCCAGUGGGAGGCGCGCACGGCGACCAACCGAGCCUGGAAGGAACGCCUCGAGGGCGACUCGACUCUCACCAGAGCCAGCGGCAAAGAGGCCAACCCCGUUCCCGUGAUCGAGUUGUUCGAGAAACGCGACGACCAGCUCGUCAGUAUCAACAAGGAGUUGGUGAAGCUGGAGCUGGCCGUCGCCGAGGAUCACGCGUGGUCCCGGGCUAGCUCGACGUUGUCGCUCUCGCGGCGUAGCACCGAUUCGCCGUCCAGGAACUCGGAGCCCUCCGGCAGCGUGAGGGAGACACGAGACGAGAGAAACGGACACGCCGAGAAGGGCUUUGGAGAUGUCGAAAUGGUUACCCCGGCCAGGAGCGCGAUGAACGGCUCGCGUAGCUUCCUCGACGGUGAGAGGGUCGUGCCGGCGAAUGGCUACCAAAACGGGGUCAAGAGGAGGCCCAACAACCCGUUCAGGCAAAGCGAGAGUCGGCCUAUCAACGUGCUGCCCGCUGGAGCCGAGUUUGAUUCCGACCGAGAGGAUUACGACUCCGACGGCUUUGACAUGUACUGA